GCUGACAAAUGAUAGGUCCUCACUUCUCUACUCUCAUACAGAACAGCGAAGUACAUUUUUCGUCUUCUCUUAGUUCUUUCCAAUUUUGUUCUGAUUGUUUCCAUCUCUUCGCACUUCCCUGCCUACGAUUCUGCAAUCAAAUUCAUGGAAACCCUAAAAUUGUCGUCUGCAACAGUUACUGUCAAAUCAUCAUCUUCUUCUCCUCUCUCUAUUUUCUCUGCUAAACAACCGUCGCGUCCUCAUCUUCUCCGUUACCCACUCGCUUCUAAAGGUAGAGAUGACGAGAGUGAUUUGCAAUCUGAGUCGAAGGAGACAAGGAUUGUUCCUGUUAAUAAUCAACGUUUUUCUCUCUCCCCUCUUUCUAAGGAUACUGCAAUGGGUUUGGUAUUAAGUGCUGCUACUGGCAAAGGAUGGACAACAGGUUCUGGGAUGGAAGGACCUCCUGAGUCUGCUGGAGAUUCCGAAUCUAGUAAUGCGAAGAUAUCUACUUUCCCUUGGUCUCUAUUCACAAAAUCACCCCGGCGAAGAAUGCUUAUUGCUUUUACUUGUAACAUUUGUAGUCAACGCACAACUCGCGCCAUAAAUCCUCACGCAUACACUGAUGGUACAGUUUUUGUUCAGUGUUGUGGCUGUAAUGCUUAUCAUAAGCUCGUGGAUAAUUUGAAUCUAUUUGAUGGUAUGAAAUGUUAUAUAAAUUCAAGUUUCAAAUAUGGAGGUAGUGGAGGAGAUGUUAAUUUUGAGUAUCGUGAUAUUGACAAUGGCGAUGAUGGCUUCUUUGGCAUCUAAAAGAUUUGGACAUAUGGUACUAUAUAGUAUGUACAUUCUGCAUCUAUGUAUCUGAAGCUCUGUAACUAUGAUAUAGGUUUUAUCUUGUUGAAUUUAUAAAUUUUAUUUACUAUAUUUUCUGCUGUGCUCAUACGCAGCUUAUAAAGUGUUAAGGGAGAAUGCAAACAAGGUUCUCUUCAUAAUUUUGAUAUUUUUGGGUUUUUUCCAUGAUUUA